CUCGCAAUCUCCUCCCUCCCCCCCUCCCCUACAACUACUCCCAGUUGCUCCCGCUGCCGCUCGCUCGCUGCUUUGCCAGUUUGCCCGCUCGCUCCCCUCCUCCUCCCCCCUUUCCCAACCCUGGAUCCAAAUCCUGACCCUCCCCGCACCCGAAACCGAGGCAAGCAAAAGCUUCCCGCGAUUAUUGGCUAGGUAGAGAGCGAGGUAGCUCGCUCGCGGCGAGGAUCAUGAAGCGCGAGUACCAGGACGGCGGCGGGAGCGGCGGUGGGGGUGAUGAGAUGGGGUCGUCGAGGGACAAGAUGAUGGUGUCGUCGUCGGAGGCGGGGGAGGGGGAGGAGGUGGACGAGCUGCUGGCGGCGCUCGGGUACAAGGUGCGGGCGUCCGACAUGGCGGACGUGGCGCAGAAGCUGGAGCAGCUCGAGAUGGCCAUGGGGAUGGGCGGCCCCGCCCCCGACGACGGCUUCGCGACCCACCUCGCCACGGACACCGUCCACUACAACCCCACCGACCUCUCCUCCUGGGUCGAGAGCAUGCUGUCCGAGCUCAACGCGCCGCCGCCGCCCCUCCCGCCGGCCCCGCCGCAGCUCAACGCCUCCACCUCUUCCACCGUCACGGGCGGCGGCGGAUACUUCGAUCUCCCGCCCUCUGUCGACUCCUCCAGCAGCACCUACGCCCUGCGCCCGAUCAUCUCGCCGCCCGUCGCGCCGGCCGACCUCUCCGCUGACUCCGUCCGGGACCCCAAGCGGAUGCGCACUGGCGGCAGCAGCACGUCGUCUUCGUCCUCCUCGUCGUCCUCGCUCGGCGGUGGUGCCGCCAGGAGCUCUGUGGUGGAGGCUGCUCCGCCGGUGGCGGCUGCGGCUGCUGCGCCCGCGCUGCCGGUCGUCGUGGUCGACACGCAGGAGGCCGGGAUUCGGCUGGUGCACGCGCUGCUGGCGUGCGCGGAGGCCGUGCAGCAGGAGAACCUCUCGGCCGCCGAGGCGCUGGUGAAGCAGAUACCCUUGCUGGCAGCGUCGCAGGGCGGCGCGAUGCGCAAGGUCGCCGCCUACUUCGGCGAGGCCCUCGCCCGCCGCGUCUUCCGCUUCCGCCCGCAGCCGGACAGCUCCCUCCUCGACGCCGCCUUCGCCGACCUCCUCCACGCGCACUUCUACGAGUCCUGCCCCUACCUCAAGUUCGCCCAUUUCACCGCCAACCAGGCCAUCCUGGAGGCGUUCGCCGGCUGCCGCCGCGUCCACGUCGUCGACUUCGGCAUCAAGCAGGGGAUGCAGUGGCCGGCCCUUCUCCAGGCCCUCGCACUCCGUCCUGGCGGGCCCCCUUCGUUCCGCCUCACCGGCGUUGGCCCCCCGCAGCCGGACGAGACCGACGCCCUGCAGCAGGUGGGCUGGAAGCUCGCCCAGUUCGCGCACACCAUCCGCGUCGACUUCCAGUAUCGCGGCCUCGUCGCCGCCACGCUCGCGGACCUGGAGCCGUUCAUGCUGCAGCCGGAGGGCGAGGAGGACCCUAACGAGGAGCCCGAGGUAAUCGCCGUGAACUCAGUCUUCGAGAUGCACCGGCUCCUCGCGCAGCCCGGCGCCCUCGAGAAGGUCCUGGGCACGGUGCGCGCCGUGCGGCCGAGGAUCGUCACCGUGGUCGAGCAGGAGGCGAACCACAACUCCGGCUCAUUCCUGGACCGCUUCACCGAGUCCCUGCACUACUACUCCACCAUGUUCGAUUCUCUCGAGGGCGGCAGCUCCGGCGGCCCGUCCGAGGUCUCAUCGGGGGGUGCCGCUCCUGCCGCCGCCGCCGGCACGGACCAGGUCAUGUCCGAGGUGUACCUCGGCCGGCAGAUCUGCAACGUGGUGGCCUGCGAGGGCACGGAGCGCACAGAGCGGCACGAGACACUGGGGCAGUGGCGGAACCGGCUGGGCAACGCCGGGUUCGAGACCGUGCACCUGGGCUCCAAUGCCUACAAGCAGGCGAGCACGCUGCUGGCCCUCUUCGCCGGCGGCGACGGGUACAAGGUGGAGGAGAAGGAAGGGUGCCUGACUCUCGGGUGGCACACGCGCCCGCUGAUCGCCACUUCCGCAUGGCGCCUCGCCGCGCCGUGAUCGCGAGUUUUGAACGCUGUAAGUAGACAUCGUGAGAGCAUGGAGCGCUACGACACAACCCCGGCCGCCCGCCCGCCCCGGCUCUCCGGCGCACGCACACGCACUUGAAGAAGAAGAAGAUGAAGAAGAAGCUAAAUGUCAGUGAUACGCUGAAUUGCAGCGACCGGCUAGGAUCGAUCGGGUUACCACUCUACGGUUUGGUUCUGCGUCCGGCGUGAAGACAUGGACACGACCAACUCCGACCAGACCGCCGGCAUGUAAUGUAAUCCCUCCUUCGUUCCCAGUUCACCAUCACCCGUAAAACUCCUUAUUAAGCCCUAUUACUAUUAUUAUUAUGUUUAAAUGUCUAUUACUAUUGCUAUGUGUAAUUCCUCCAAUCGCUCAUAUUGAAAUAAGCACGGGCCGGACUUUGUUAGCAGCUGCUCCAUUGAGAAUUUUGUACGCAAGGCACAUCUACUAAAAAGUGAAACCAAGCUUUGUUUGUGAUGAA